AUGCCUCUCCCGUGUGAUGCAGCAGGCCGUAAUACAGCGGGCGCUGAGCAGCCGGCACGGCAGAACCUGCAAAAGCAACGGCACCACAGCGCAAUAGAUGCGCUUUUGAGAGCAGCUGAAUGGCCAAAAGCUGCAGCACGUGAGGCAAAAGGGAACACAACAGCAGCAGCAACGGCAGCAGCAGCAGCAGCAGCGGCAACAGCGAGAGCUGGACGCACGCCAAAAGUGGAAUGCGGGAAAAAUAUGGCAUUCAGCCCUUCAGAGCAUGCCUCUUUUGGUCGCGUUGUCUCAAAGUCGUCGUCAUUAUUUCAUGAUGCAGAUGCUGCGGCGACACACGGACGUGCAGCAGCGGCAGUAGCCGCAGUAGCAACUGUAGCAGCAGUAGCAGCAGCUGCGGCUGCAGCGAAGACAAUCUCCGGGAAGACAUCUGACAUGUCACUUGAUGUCUCUACAUGCUUUUCGCCCUCAUCCUCAGCAGCGGCAGAAGCAGUAGCAGGGAGACUACAGGCGGUGGUGACAGUUUCCCAAGCGGCCACAGCGGAAGUGGCAGCUGCUCCGGGUGCAGCAUCCGCUUCUUUCGCCUCAGAAGCAGACGCAAAUGAGGCGAAGCCGUGUGCAUUUAACUUGUCAGCAGAUGCUGCUAGUGCCUCAGAAGCUGGGCUCUCAGCAGAAGCGACAGCGGGAGAAGUAGCGCACUGGGGAUCAUCGAUACCACGGAUGCCUGCGGCGUUGCGUGAUGGUUUCCUUGCAGAGGUGAAGCUGCUACAGAAAAAGCCCAUUAUGAAAAUUACCACGAGCGUUGAAGGUGCGUAUGGGGAGAGUUCUGUUUCCUCGCUAUUCAAACUGUUUUCUCUCUUGAACCAACGAUUUGGACUUAAUGAGCAUUCCACCUUUCUGGACAUUGGCAGUGGGAGCGGAGUUCCUUCUCUGGCAGCAGCAGCUUUCGGGUGUACUUACACACUUGGCUUAGAGCUGGACUCGAACGUCUACUCCAUCUCCGUCAUCAAUCAUUUGUCGCUCGUGGAUUUGCUGCUGUUGCAGCAGUUAUAUCUAGGGGUUCAGCUAAGUGGACAGCGUACCGAAAACUACAUCAGUGGUGCGUUGCAGGCGGCGCUUUCGCUUUCCCGCAUCAGUGCUACAGCAGCAGAAGAAAGAAUAUCUACGAAGAGUGCCGCAGUUGAGUGGAAUCCACAGAAGAAUACGGCGGCCACAAUUCAAGUGGCGGCCUCUCUGUUCCGCGAUACUGCCUCUGCAGAAGCAGCCCAUUCUGGCUCUGUUAGAGCAUCAUCAUCAGAGAGCACGGGUGAUGCAACUGCAGGAGUUGGAAUUUCCCAUGUUUUUUCAUUUGACUUGGCGAUGCCGCCGUGGGUUAUGGCGCACACAGUCAAGCUGUUCAACCAGAGUAAAACCACCUUUGUGUUCGUUUCCUUCCAUGGCGAUUUGGUCUCCAAUUUCGGCUUGCAUGCAGUCCUUGCAGAUAGACUUUGCAUGCGCAUGAACACAAGCGCAGAGAGCCAUGUAGGCUUUAUCUACCAGAAAAUUCCACAGAAGGAAGGACUGGAGCGACGGGAGGAGCGGAAACAUUUGCAGUGUUUAAGGCAGCAUCCCCUCGCAGCGAACUCCCGGCCGUAUUCCGCGUCUCCUGCAUGCGAUUCCGCUGUUGUAGAAGCAGAAGACAGCGAAAAAGAAAGCAGGCGACUGAAACAGCAACGAAAGCACUUGGGACACCAGUUGAUCUGUCUGCGGAAGCAUCUACGGAGCCUGCACAUGAAACAAAAGCAACCAGCGCGGCAGCUCAGUGACACGCAACAUCGGCGGAAAGAGGUGCUGCGUGCGUUAGAGGCACUCAGGCAGAAGACUUUGGAGACAAUACAGCGAAUGCUGCAGAAGAAGCAGCAGGGUCUCCUGUUGCAACAGAAGCUGCAGCUUGUUGCGCUUCUGCAGCAGCAACAGAAGGAACAACCUAUGGCUUCGCAUUCGAAGCUUGUGGAGGAAGCUGCAAGACUAGUGGAAGAGCAGCAUUUUCGGCAGCACCAGGAACUGGUACAGCGACUCUCGCUACAAUACUGGGCGGAGGAACAAAGGCAGAAAGAUUUGCUCGAGGCGGCAGCAGUUACUGUUGCUACAAAGCAAUAUUCCCGGGCAAAAAAAUGCAGUGCAGAAUUCGACAAGGAAGUGCAGCAGAUAAAGCAGCGGCUCCAGGAGAAGCAGGAACAGCUGCACAAGGUGGAGUGCAUGAUACGGAGGAACGAACAAGAGCAGAAGAGACGCGGGCUGGAACAAAAAGAGACUGGGAUACAGCUGCAGCAGCACUCCCAGCUUGAGAGCCGACACCUCGAAAGCAGCACUUCGUUGCUGGAUGCUGCACAAAAGCACGCAAGAGACGUGCAAGAGAGGCAGCAGCAACAACUGUUGCUGCUUAAGGGCAUCGCAAGCAGCCGAACCGACAGAAUUCUGCACUCGGUUGCUGCUGCCGGACGGCUGCAGCAAGUGACGCAGAUCUUCGUUGCAGCAGCCUGCAUGUUGCCGAAUCCAGUGCCCCCACAGGAUGACGCAGCAGCGGCGGCAGCAGCGACAAAACAAAAAGAAAAGUUUCCUUGCUGCUGCACUACGUGCUGCUGUCCUCAGGAAGACAGCGGAAUGGAGCAGACCACGGCUUUCACUGCCCGCGUAGAACUCGUGAGUGCAGCGCACCCACAGCAGCAGCUGCUGCUCUUGCGACGUGUCCUUUCGGCUUUUCAGAUAGACCAGCUACUGGAACGGGGCUCUUUGAUGGAGCAGCAACAACAAGAAGCUAUUGCAGCAGCUCGGGUAGAGUCCUUGUUAACACAUAUCCGCGACAUCCGAUUGGAAGAGCCAAAGCUGCAAAUUCACCCAGCAGCACAAAGAAUGCAUGCAACAAACGCGCACAGCAGUCUGCAGUAUCAGUGCCCUUGCAAUCGGAAAAGCAGUUGCUUUCGACAGAAAAGCGGCAACAGCAGCAGCGACUGUUCUGUUUGUAUCGUUGGAGCGGCGGCCGCAUUAGCGGAUCUGCUACUAUCCACAUCUCGAAGUUGUGCAGUGGAGGUGCGAUUCUGCAGCCAGUGGCAAAAGCAGCUGCAGAGAAAAAGGCAUUCUCGGCUAAUUAGGCGACAAGCAACAACAGCAGUAAAUGUGACAGCUGCUUCGACAAGCUCAGAAACAAUAGAAGCGCCUGUUGCCGCUAGUGCCAUGAAGCCUAACGACAGCGCGAAGGGAGGAAGGCAGGAACUUUGCAACGACAGCGGCAGUGUUCAGGUCAUCCUUCCGUGUCUGUCACCAAUGUGCGCCACCUGCUGCUACAGUGAUUCGCUGCUCUUACAGCUGCUUCGCUGCAGUUUUCCCCUCGCGGUGCAACAGCAACUUCUGCAACAAGAAGUGUUUAUGCAGCAGCGCAUGCCUCUUAUAACUGUAAUUGAUAAACAAGAGCAGCAGCAGCUGGAGCAACAACGCAUCCAAGACUGGAAGAUUGGAGAAGCCGAGGUUGCAGAGCCAGCUGCCACAACGGCAGGCCUUCAAACUGCAUUCAAAAGAGGGACAGUCGAGUGCCCCUUGGCAGAUGCGUUUUAUUCUCUGCAAUUGUUGCAGCACCAGCUGUCGCAAAUGCAGGAGUCCCACGAAGAGCCCAUCAAUUUGCAUGAGGAGCCUGAUGCUGAGACCACGUACUUCGUGGCUGCCUUCAAUCGCGAGUUCAAGAAGCUUCUUGAGGCACAGCAGCGAAAGCAGCAACAAUGGAGGCGGUCACUACGAAAAACAGAACCAGCAGCUAUAACAGCAGUAAAAUGUGGUGGUGAGGAUGGCAUUCAAGCUCGUUGCAAAUCGGACGCAGUGCCGCUCACAUCUUGUAAAGGGAGCGCUGUUGCAGCACUGCCGAGGUCCUCAGGACAGCAAGAUGACCUCCGGCUUCUUGCGGCAAAUAUUGUUGCUGGGCGGAAUAUUAAUCCCACAGCGAAGACAACUGUGCAUACAGUAGUUGAAUACCCGAGAACAAUCGACACGAAUCUCAAGAGCGCUGCUGGUACAGUAGAACUGAGAUCUCCUGAGUGGGCCGCAGAGACCCCAAACGCAGGAAAAGAGGCUGCAUUAGCAGCAGGUGCAGUAGAGUUGAGGCUACAACAUCACGAGGAGCAGCUGCUGCUCGCAUGCGCAGUUGCUGCGGCGCACCCGACUCCGGGCGCAUGUAGAGGGGUUUUAGAACUUCUGCAGCAGCACCACAAGCUGCUCCUAGGGCAGCCUUUGGAUGGCUACUGUAAGGAUAUCCUGCCCUCGAAUCCCCUCGCAAUAGUAGAUCACAGGACGGGAUUUAAGCGCAGAGUGACAUCCAGUCAUGCGGGCGGGUCUUUGACUGGCGACUCAGCCAAUUGCAGCACUUCCUCUAGCGACUCCACGUGCACGAGUAACAGCGUCAGCGGCAUCGGAUGGAAGACGAGACGGCAUGCUGCACUAGUCAGGACUGCCUUGCAACAGCUGGAGCUCGUCAAAAACCAUCUGACGGACAUGCACGCAGCUCAACGGCAACAUUUGCUUCAGAAGCUGCUACAGAGGGACUUUCCGGGUCAUCGCGCUGUCGCAGCUGGAGUGUUACCAGCAAACCCUGCUGCUGAGACUGCGCCGCAGAGGGGUCUCCCGGUGCACUUUCGCUGCUGCAACUGUGCACCGCUACUGCAGCUGGAGCAGCAGGAGGUUCUUUUGAGGGAAGACAGGGGUAGCUGCAUUUGGUGGAGGGAGUAUUACAUUCUCCUUGGCGAGCUUGCCGUCAUAAAGGAAAAGGCUCUCUACGAAGCAGUCGACAUAUGCCUACAACAGCAGCAGCGGCCUGUUCCACAGCAGCCGAUGGAGGUGCCAGUGCAAGCAAAACAGCAAGCCCUUCUGGAAGGGCACGCCAAAGAGUCACUUGUGUCUUCUGACAGAACCACACUUCCAAAAGAGCAGGAACCGCGGAAUCUUAAGGCAUGCAAUAUUGGUUGCAGGCUUCAUGACUCCUUGCUGCAGUCUCCACUGGCCCCUCGUAAGCGCCGGUCGGAGGGAUGGUACUAA